CUUGUGGUACGAUCAGAAACCGGAAAAUUGUCCAAGCGUCAACAACCAAACUCACGUCUGCUCAGCGCUGUCGUCUGGUAACUUUAUCUGCAUCAAGGUUGCGUGUUGUGACUACUUCCGGAAUCAGAACAUCGAAGCUCCGGAGUACAACGGAGAACAUGAUAAUGAUGCUGAUUAAUGACGUCACCUACUUUGGAAAUGAUGGACAGUGCAGGAUGUGCUACACCCAAAAGUAUUGCACGCUUUACAAGUGCUACGACCGAUGUUGCGAUGGCUACACCAGAGACAUAUAUGGAAGAUGCAGCAACUUUAGUAGCGGUGCUGUGCAGUGUGAGAACGGAGGCAAGCCCUAUGGGAUUGAUUGCCAAUGCCCACAAGGAUUUAUUGGACAAUCGUGUGAAAUUCCCGUAUGUAACUGUAUGAACGGCGGCAAAUGCACGGUGCGCGACGGACAGCCUUUCUGUAACUGUACGGAGGGUCAUUACGGCGAUCAGUGCGAGCUUUCGACAUGCCGGACUUGCCUCAACGGAGGAACAUGUCUGCGUGACGACAGGCGCGAGUACUGUGUCUGCACCCCGGAGUAUGUGGGAGACAGCUGUGAGAAACGCUUUAACCAGCCGGGAACCUGUCCGUCAUACAACGGAACUCAACCGUACUGUUGUGGCGAAGAAUGCUAUAGCAACUCUGAUUGUUCCGGGGACCAGGUCUGUUGCAAGGAGGGCUGCAAAACGGUGUGCCGAAAACCAGUUGAAGUGUGCACUGCAAAUGAUGGUACCCGGCUUAUGGCAGGCCAGAUUUACAAACCCGAUUCUUGCACAGAUUGCACCUGCCAGCCGGACGGAUUCCUCCCUUGCCGCUCGAUGAGUUGCGCGCCGCUCCCUUGCGAGCAAGAUUCCUGGGUUACCAUGCCAGGAGAAUGCUGCCCCUCGUGUGGUGAUACUGCUCGUCCCCCUAGGAUUAUCUGUCCGAGCAACACGGUGAUCCUGAACACCACUUCCGGCAAUACCGAGACAUUCACCGUCUCGAAUACACGGGUAUCCGCUUCCAACGGCUACGAUAGAGAACCUAUCGUUGCAUUCAGUCCAGAAUUAAUCCGUCACUGCGCAUGCUCGGAUCCUCUCCGCAGCACUAUCAAGGUCAAGGCUACGGUUCGAGGACUUACGGACAUUGCUGAGUGCACAUUCGAGGCAGUCCUUCGUGACACUAUAGCGCCAGUGUUCAAGAACUGUCCAAAGGACAUCUACGUGAUGGACUACGAGGUGCCCAAGUGGAGCGACCCCGUGUACUCGGACAAUGUGGGCGUGGUCCGAAAGAAGUGCCCGGACGCGCGCUACAGGCAGCCCCUAGCCGCGGGAAAAUACUCCCUCAGCUACGUGAUCUGGGACUAUGAGAUGAACGAGGGACGUUGCGACUUCAACAUUUACGUCAGCUCUCCAAACACGCCUGUGGAGCAGCUCCCACAGGGACAGCGGGAAAGGCUGUCACGAGCCCCGGGAAAAGAUGUGGUUCUAAUUGUUGGAGUUUCGAUUGGUGCUCUUAUACUGGUGGCAGUCAUUUUGGCCGUCGUGUUCGUCUGCAAACGACGACAACGACUGAACAAUCAACAGAGCGCGGCGCAUGCGCGGUGCCAACCCCGUGACCUUCGAACCGGGUUCAGUCACGGUAUUUACGCGAUUCCUGGCGAUAUUGACGUGAAGCUGCCCCCGUACACUCCCUCGAAAUCCCCGCCGCCAUACGACAACCCGGACUACAUUAAGGCAGGCCUCGUAGGCGGGAAAGACUACUUGUCGCAGCCACCGCCAUAUUACAUGAACCCGGGUUACGAAACACUGUCUUCUGUCCAAAAGGAGUCUGUUGGAGACGACAAUGUGACGGUCAAAUCCGACAAAGUGAAAUCUGAAAAGGCGGAUGAGUAGCGUUGUGCGCAUGCCGUCAUGUCAUCCGAACGCAUUUAAUAACGACAACUGAGUUCGACAUGGUUAUGCUUCCUUUUUUUGUAAUGCAUAGUAGGUGUAUUGUCUUUUGAACUGUGGCUCAAAUGUACCCUUUGAACCUUCUGACAUUGUGUGCUUGUAUAUAUAUUUUUUUCAGUUCCAGUUAUUUGCUAUAUUAUAUUACAUGUGUUAUACACGGAUUGGCUACUAUGAUUUUAAUGCAUCCAUAAUUCCUCUUGAAUAUUUUGACUCGAAAAAAUGCAUUAUUCAGCCAGCAACGGCAUUUUUCAUAGCAGUAUUUUAAGACGUCGAGAUCAAUCAAAACUUAGCUUAGCAACAUUUAACCUAUGUGUCAAUGCUUAAUAAGUCCCAUUUUAUAUCAUCUUUGUUGUUUAGCACGUACUAGUAUUACAUCUAUAAUUAUAUAUCUAUACAAGGUUUUCACGACUUUUAAUGUACGUAAAACUGGCAUUGAUUAAAUAUGUCCAACUAAGCUUUCCUACUCUUUUCGUUUACAUUUGCUUUUUGUGGCGUAAUCUUACAUGCAUGGGUGUUUUUUUAACAAAUAUAUUAUCGUUUUGGGUUUCAUUAGUUUGUCAAGAAAUAUGUGCCUGUCAACACCUCUGUAUCACUAAUUGCAUCUAUUUUCAAUAAAUCUUCUUUACAUGAAA